AAUUUUAAGAUGAUGUAUCGAUUGAGUCUUUUUAAGGUGCUAGUAGGCAUGCGUUGCGUGCAUAUGAGCGGCUGCGUAAAAAAGAAUUCACAGAAGUUAAAUUAACGCAUGCAAGAGCAAUACUGGCCUGGUUGGAGAGGAAGCCGAGGCACCACUUUUCAACGGUGAACCCCCCUACAGCUCAUUCUGCAUAGCCAACCCAACAAACCAAGCAACACAAAUCCGAUUCAUUCCCCUCCCAAGCUCCAAUCCCGCGAAUUCUCAAGCGUGGUCGUCAUCAUCAUCACCCAGCAUGAUCCGUUUCAUCCUGUUGCAGAAUCGGCAGGGGAAGACGCGGCUGGCCAAGUACUACGUCCCGCUCGAGGACUCAGAGAAGCACAAGGUUGAGUAUGAGGUGCAUCGGCUGGUCGUCAACAGGGACCCCAAGUUCACUAACUUCGUUGAGUUCCGUACGCACAAAGUUAUCUACAGGAGAUAUGCAGGACUAUUUUUCUCAAUAUGUGUAGAUAUCACGGAUAAUGAGUUGGUAUACUUGGAAUGUAUCCACUUAUUUGUGGAGAUAUUGGACCAUUUCUUCAGCAACGUGUGUGAACUUGAUUUAGUAUUUAACUUCCACAAGGUUUACUUGAUAUUGGAUGAGUUUAUUCUCGCUGGAGAGCUGCAAGAAACAAGCAAAAAGGCGAUUAUAGAGAGAAUGGGUGAACUUGAGAAGCUGGAUUAAGAAGAAACUGUGUUGCCAGCGUGCAUCGGGAGAUAACUAAACGCAAGAGCAAUACCUAUUCCUUCUGCCAUGUCGAAGUAUUUUCGGACGGAGGGAGUAGCUGUUAUUAUGAUUACCCCUGGUUCACCAACUUUCUUUAUGGCUGCUUCCUAGAAAUGGCUGCUUUCUAGAAAAAACAUUAUGAUGGUUGCUUGGUGGGGUUCGUUGUGGAUCGUUCUGUAACUAGGUGCCAUGGAAUUCCUUGCCAUCUUUGCGCAUUUCAUUAACAAUCAUGAUGGCAGUCUUUUUUCCAA